AUGUACAGUCCACUGCAUAGUCACAGAUGCGACUCACAUCACCCCCCACAUCAGCGUUUCGCCAGGCGCUUCGCACUAAAAGCUGCAAGUUCCCUCGGAUUGCCAAGGUUUGGUGAUCCUAUUGAGGGGAAUAAUGUGAUGAGGGCUCUAUGCAGAUCAGUCAUCCUAUCACACCGUCUAGCGUGUGACGACCGGCGGUCUUCCCUCGAUUCCCGUCGUCUCAUUGGUGUGACGAGUCCGGGUUGCUACUUACGCUGGCGCUUUGCCGCCAUCAAGCAUUGGCCAGAUGCACCUCCCAAACACACAUCAAUCCCUCUGCACGGUCUUCCCAUGCUGAUUCGUGCCCCCUCCUGCAUGCGAUGGCUUGUGCCUUCGUCCACUCGUUGGUCUCGAGCUCAUAUCUAA